CAUUCAGUGACUGAUUGAGUGAUUGUUGUUAUGAUUUGAAUAUCAUUUGAAUAAUUGUUUGCAAAUAAUGUCAAAGAGUUUAUCAGUGGAUGAGAUCAACACUGAGUUCUUACCACUCAUUUACGACAUCAUCAGGAGCUAUGAACGAGAUUCACAUGAGUUGUCGAGUUUGGCGCAGAAGUCACUGUCGAUGAGAGAUCCGCAGCAGUCGGCCAAUGAUUGCAACACAAAGAUGCAGGCAUUGAGGGAUCAGUUCAACCAAUUCAGACAACAAGUGCUUCAAAUCAAUGGCAUUGCCGUCACUAAAGAAGAACAACUCAAGUCUUUGGAUGCGUUGAGACAACAACUUGUCAUGAAAAGAGAUUUACUCAUCAAAUACAAGAACUCGUGUCCAUUUGAUCCCAACAAUAAGAUUUGA